AUGUUCAAUUUUCGACACUAUGCAAUUGCCAUUCAGGACUAUGUCGAUGAACAAAAAGAUCAAUCAUCAUCGUCCGACAAUGACAGUAAUAUUCUUUCUCUCAAACUUGGUGAUUUGGUGUUGAUUUUGAAAGAAUUUGAAACUGGACUCGGAUGGUCUCUUGUUCAAAAAGUCGAUAUCAGGAAGGUCAAACAAAGUGGAUGUCGUUUGUAUGAUCAUCAAAUGAAUAAUAGUACCUCUUCCAAUUCCUCGCAACACGUUGGUUUUGUUCCGAGUGCCUUUUUAAGUACGAUUUUGUUUGAUCCCGAAAUCUUUGAUCCUACUCGGCCUUUAGAUUUGGGAAUAGCCUUGGGAGAAGAUGGCGCACAAUAUCAGAAACAAAUAGGUGUCUAUUUUUACAAAUAUGAACCCUAUUACAGAGAUGUCUAUCAAGAGACAUGUUAUUAUUCAAAACAAAAGAUUCCUACGAAUACUCCCAAAAUGCAUUGUUUAGAGGUUGGACAAUCCGUUGAUGAAUUUAAUGUGAGUAUGGAAGAAUGGUCCAAGAAGAGUCUCGAUCAAUGGAAAGAGAUUGCCAAUCAAAUGGCCAAUCGAUUUUCUUAUCCCAUCCAUGACACUUUUAUUGUCAAGAGGACGAAACAUCCAGCUCAUUUGCAUUGGUUGGUAAAAGGUGCCUAUGUGGCAGAGACCAUUAAUAACUCAUUGAUGGCAUUUCCAGAUCGUCCUGGUCUUGGAUAUAGAAGAAAGUUAAAUCAUGGAGUUUUUGAACCGCAUCAUCGAUGGUUCACUUAUUCACAAUUGCAUGAAAGAGUGUUACGUUUUGGAAAUGGUCUUCGAAUGAGAUUUAACAAUGAAAAGUUGGUGUUACAACCUCGUCAAUCACAAGAUGAAAUGGGUCGUGGUUUUGUUGGACUCUGUUCAAUCAAUAGACCUGAUUGGUUUGUGGCAGAUUGGGCUGUAUUAACACAAGCAAUGGUUUCUGUACCAUUACCCAAAGCAAAAGUAGAAUGCAUUUCUGAUGAUAUUUUUAACAUGGAGAGUGUCAAUGACAUGAAAUCAGUCUCUCAUGAAAUUAUUCAAAUUAUGAACAAUUCAGAAAUUCCUGUCGUGGUGUGCAGUAGAGAGUUGACUGUGAAAUUCUUGAAACUCUGUAAGAAUGGUUUGCUACCAAGUGUGAAGGCCAUCGUUCAAAUGGAUAGCUUGUUGAUACAGGACUUUGAAGUUGAAGAAUUUUCUAAACAAUACUUCUCUGACCAUGGAAGUUUUGAUCAAUUCUUGCAAGACAAGAGAAGAAUCUAUCAACAAGGUUUGAAAACGAUUACCGGCUAUAUCAAGGAUCAAUCUGAGGGUGUUUUUCCAUAUUAUUAUCUUUUGAAAAAUAGAUAUCCUCAAGAAGAUGCUAUUAAUCUCAACGUUACAAUCGGCGAUCUUUGCGAUUGGAAUUUGAGCGAUGAUGAUUUUGUCUUUUUGAAUUAUAUUGACAAGAAAGAUUUUGAAUUAGAUUGGAAAGCUAAACUACUUGCCAAGGAGCUUGAUAUUGAACUUACAGACAUGUCUUCCAUUGAAGAGAGUACUUUUGCUACAUUCCCUACCUUUUCAGAUGAACUCAAACAAAGUAUUAGAACCAACAAGAGUGUUAACGAUAUUUGCACAAUUGUGUAUACUUCUGGAUCGACCUCUACCGAACCAAAAGGAGCAAUUAUUACCGAUAGUCACUAUAACUCACAACUUCAACACGAAUUGUAUCAAAAUCAUCCUUUGGUUUGUAUUUCCUUCAGCCCUCUCUCGCAUAUCACUGAUAGAACGAACACUACUAUUUGUUUAAUGAACGGUGGACGAGUGGGAAUAUUUUGUGGAGAAAUGGAUAGAAUAUUUGAAGAUUUUGCAUCCAUUCAACCUGUCACUCUUUCAACAACGCCUCGUUUCUAUAACAUGAUUCUUGCGGAAUAUCAAAACAGGAAGAAGAAGAACGCAGAAAGUGCAGAACCAGUUCCCGAACAUAUUUUAUUUAGAGAAUUUAGACAUAUUCUUGGUGGAAGGCUCACCAGUAUGGUCACAGGUGGUGCUUCAACUUCGCCUGAAGUUAUCAAAUUCCUCAGAGAGUGCUUCAAAAUUCCAGUAUUCAAUGGUUAUGCAAGCACUGAAUGUGGCUCCAUAUCAUGGGUGGACAGAGGAGAAUUCGAGCAAACCUAUCUCACCGAUAAGAUUAUUCAAGACAAUGCUCAACUUCCAAAGCAUAAAUUAAUUUUAGAAGAUGUUGAAAUUAAGCUUGUAGAUGUUCCAGAACUCAAUUACUAUAUCACUGAUGAGCCAUAUGCAAGAGGUGAAAUUUGUGUGAGAUCCAAGACAUGCAUUCCCGGCUAUUACAGAGAUCCUCAAAAAACUAAAGAAUUAAUUGAUGAAGAAGGUUAUUAUCGUACAGGUGAUUGUGGAGAAAUUGACAAGAAGCAAUGCAAAGUGCGUGUCAUUGACAGAAGAAAGAAUAUUUUCAAAUUGAGUCAGGGUGAAUUUGUGGCUCCAGAAAAUCUUGAAAAUCUCUUCAUUUCUCGAACCAAUUACAUUGAUCAAAUGUUUAUUUAUGGCAACUCUUUAAAGUCCUUCUUGGUGGCUGUCGUCGUUCCAAAGAAUGUUCACAUUCUCAAGGAAAAAGUGAACCAUGUUUUGACACAACAAAAUCUUCCAGUUCAAGAUGUGUUAGAUUACUCAAGAGGAAGCAUUGCCUACAAGGUCAUUAUGGAAGAAAUUGUUGUAGCUGCUAAAGAAGGAAAAUUGGAAUCUUAUGAAAUUCCAAAAGCAUUCAUUAUUGAUCCCGAGAAAUUUACACCUGAAAAUGGUAAACUAACCAGUUCCUUCAAAGCAUGUCGUCCAGCGUUGAAUAAGGCUUAUAAACAGCCAUUAGAAGAUUUAUAUCAUCAAGUGGAAAAGGAGACUGAUAUUUCUUCAAUUGAUUCUGUUCAAAACAAGGAUGAGCUUAGAACGACACUUAAUACUAUUUUCCAAAAUGGAGGAGUCGUUGAUUCUCUGAGCUCUGUUCGUCUCUCAAAUAUUCUCAUGGAAAAGUUUGGAAUUUAUAUAACAGCUGACAAGAUUUUACAAGGAAAGAAUUAUUCAGAUCCUGUUGAAAAGAUUAUGCAGCUGAUUGAAGACAGAGCGAAUAAUGAUGAUCUCUCCCUCACAAAUCAGCCAAGGUUUAAGACUCAACCUGAGAUUGAAUCUGAAGUGAGAAGUUUCCUUGAGACGAUACCUUCUCUACAAGAGCCACAGAUUUUCAGCUCAAUGAAUACUCAAAUUCUGCACUCAACACCGAAUAACAUCUUGAUCACUGGAGCUACAGGCUUUAUUGGUGUUGGAUUAUUGUGUGAACAAUUGAUUCACAACCUCAAUUGCACUGUCUAUUGCAUUGCCAGAGGAGCAAACCCCGAAGAUGCCAAGAGAAGAGUUUUAGAUAACAUCGUUCAAUACUGCCAUGGUCUCUCGACAGAAUAUAUUCAAUUGAUUCAAGACAGUUUUGAAAAUAGAUGUAAAAUUCUACUUGGAGAUAUUGCUCUUCCUAGAUUGGGACUGAAUGAAGAAACAUGGAAUGAGCUCUCAACACAACUCGAUUCUAUUAUUCAUUGCGGAGCGAAUGUGAAUUUCAUCAUGAAUUAUGACCAAUUGAGAAGUGUGAAUGUCGGAAGUGUGGUCGAAUGUUUGAAACUAUGUACAGCUGGAAACAAGCUCAAAUCAUUGCAUUUUAUUUCUUCCAUUAGUGUCGUUCCAAUUCGUUUACUUGGUGAAUAUUCAAAUCCACAACAAGCCAUGAUCGCAGAAGAGUUUGUUCCACUCAGUGUUGAAAAUUUCUCUGCUCUUUCUUCGGGAUAUCCACAAACUAAAUAUAUUGCUGAACAUGUACUGAGAUUGGCCAUUGAAGAGAAGAACAUUGCCCCCAUUGUCAUUUAUAGACCUGGUCUUGUUGUUGGACAUUCAUUGAAUGGAUUUUCUAAUGUUCGAGAAUGGAUCUCACGUCUUAUUUGUGGUAUCAUUCAGUUGGGGUAUGCUCCUCAAUCCUCAACCGAACCUAUGGAAAUGGUGCCUGUUGAUUUUGUUUCAAAGAGUAUUAUUUCAAUUGCCAAUACUUCAGAAUUGAACCCAUAUUUGUAUUCGCUUGAAAAGACACAAAGAAUGAAUGUGUUCAAUUUAAUCAAUACGAAUCAAGGAAAUCCUAACGCCUCCAUCUCUUUGGAUGAUAUUGUAAGAAAUAUGAAACGAAUGGGAUUUUGUCAUAUUAAGGACGUUCCAUAUUUGUCAUUUGUGGAAAUUUUGAAAGAAGAAAUGAAUCAUGCUGAAAGAUAUCCAACCAUGACCAACGAAAACUCAAUCUUUGGUAUUAUUAAUUUAUUCCCCAACACAGUUCAACAUUUACAUACUUCAUCACCACUCGACGGACAUUUGAGUUGUGCUAAUGUUGUAAGAGCUUUACAAUUGAUUGCAAAUGCAACAAGAAUGAAACAACAAUCAGAUGAAACAAUUAUAUGCCCUUGUAUGAAUGACGAUCAAUUGAUUGAGUUGUACAUCAAAUACUUUAUGAGGUGUGGAGACAUUGACCCACCACACAAUGUUUAA